AUGAGAGCCUCUGGCCACUCCCUCACCUCCCUUCGCCUGGGGCCCACUCCCACGGAUGCAUCCCACUGGGAAGACCCGUAUGGGCAUGCCCAGCAACAGCAGCAGCGGCAGCAUGAGGAGCAGCAGCAGCAGCAGCAGCAGCAGCAGCAGCAUGAGGAGCAGAACGGCCAUGCAGAGCAGCAACGGCAUGCAGAAGAGCAGCACGAGCGCAUCUCCCCAGUGUUUUUCCAGCAUUGUCCGCGGCUGCAGCAGCUGCAUCUGGAGCGUGCCAACUGGCACCUCAGCAGCCUCCAUCCCUCGUGGCUCAAAGCCUUAAGGGCCCUCACCAUCCACCAUUCCCACUGCACCGCCUCGGAUUUCGAGUUUCUGGCCCAAAUCACGCCGCAGCUACACGAACUCUCCCUCUACGUGUUGAACCAGGGACAGAGUCCAUGCACCCUCGACCUUAGCUUCUCCGCUGCUCAAUCCAUCCACCUCGUGUUGGACCAGCACAGAGUGCACCUCGCGCUCUCCCUCCCUGCCUCUCUCAACUCCCUGUCUGUUUCAGCGCAUUCUCUCGACCUGGACUGUCGCUGUGAAACCCCGCUCUCCCUCGACUUCCUCAUGCUGAUUGGUCGCAAGCGCCUCGUGGUGGCAUCGCUCCCCCUCGCAUCAGCCAAAGACGUCUACCUGAACGCAACAAGCAUGCAAGAGGAGUCAUUCAAUCCUCUCACCAACCCUCCUCACUCCCUCAGCAACCCCUUUCACUCCCCUCGGAUUUCUCCGAAUCAGCCUUCCAUCUCCCGGGAACUUUACUCUCCAUCCAUCUCUGAAUCCUCCUUGAUCCGCGUGCUGCAAUCAGUAGCCCCCACAGUGGAGGCACUGAUGGUGCCACACUCGCUACCAAUAGAGGCAGUGGAGGGCGAGUGGAGGGAGCUGCACCGCCUGGCAAUCGGUGUGCGUGGGAGCAAGGCGGGUGGGGGAAGGUGCAGGACGACAGUGGAGGCAGCAGAGGCUCGUGCGGGCGGCAUCAGCCGUUUGUACACGAGGAGAGGUGGCAUGGGGGAAGGAGGAGACAGAGGCACGCUGCGGUCUCUCCUGUUCGUCACGCGCCGGUGCAACUCCGACACUCUCGUGUCGCUGCAAGAGGACUUCUCCUCGUUGGAGAUCUACUGCGUUGUUGGCAGGUUGUUCUGCUGGAAGCCCAUUGGCAGCGAGCGGCUCAGUCAGCCCGUCGUGUGUGUGAGUGCACAUCGGACUGCUUCAAAUGCUCCGCGGUUUGAGACAACGGAAGGCUCGAGUGGCGAGAUAGAUGUGGGCGACUUUCUGGACGGCCUUCAGUGCCUCUGA